CCAGUGAUUGGUUUAGUCGACAAUUUAAUACGGGUCAGGCAAUCUCUCACUGAGUCUGAGUCCAGCUAUAAAAAAGAGACAAAUAUGUGAAGACCGUAAACUUUUACAUAUUCUCUAAGCAAGUAGCAAUAAACCAAAGGACUUUGCCCACUGACAUGGUGUUAAAUGUAACGUGAGAGGCUCGAGUGACUUGUGAGACAUGCUGUGCGGUGCUGUGAUUCAUAGAGGAGAAUGAAGAGUGCCAGGCUACGCUAAGAUAAAUAGCACUUGGCUAGUUGUUUUUGUUUUGUUUUUUUGACACUGGGAGAAGACUGAACAUGGAGGUGAAGAGCAGCUUGAGGAGAGCUCAGUCCCUGAAAAACGUCUCCCCAGGUCAUGUCAGGUCAUGGACAGAAGCAGGCUUGUGGGACAGGAGGAAGUCUGUCUCUCAACUUGUGGCACAGUAUCAAACCUCACUGGACCCAGGAACGACCAGUCAGGCAGAAACACAAAAAGAUACCACUGAUGGAGAUUUACCUCAGUUGGAAAAUAUUUCAUCUGCCAGAAAUGAGACGCCAACUGUACUGGAAGCACUUUUGAAGAGAAAUGUGUUGAGAAAGUUUCAAUGGGAACAGUCACCUCACGGUGAAGGUGCAAAGCUCUCCCGUAGUCGAUCCAUGGAGAAUCUCCCGAGACAUAGACCUGGGAGCAUCAGUGCUUUACGAGCUCUGUUUGAGUCCAAGGCUGUUUUGAAACAAAAAAUCAGCAGCGCAAAUGUUUCAAACAAGACCAUAGUGACCCCAACUGUCAAUGGGAAUGUAGAGAUAGAGAUGUUAGCAGAGAACUCAAAAACCCAGAGUCUUCCCACUACUGUGGACAAAGUGGAGGAGGUUGGUCAAAAGGACGUUAAUAUGGUUCAGUCCAAUAGAAGAAGGACAAUAAGUGGUAUAUCUCUUGAAAAGUCAGGAGGCCAAGACGAUGAGAAGAGGAGGUCUCUAGUAGACCACAAAGAUUCCAGUUCAGUCUACGGACAAGAAAAACCAUCAGCUUCCGUAAAAGCCUUGUCUGCUCUCUAUUUGUCGAAAUUAGCAGCUGUGGAGUCCAAGGGGCACUCCAUAAAACCUGAUUGUGCAGCCCAAGAUCACAUGCUUUCUCCUGUCAAGAAAAACACAGCCAGCAAGGCUAAGAUGGCAGACCAAACCCACCAAAUGGAGGUUGCAGAGGGAUUCAAUGAAAUUGAUGCAGGAAGAUACCAAAAUCUACCUUCUCAAAACAGUCAUCAACAGAAUUGUUCACUGAGGAGUGCUGAAAGCCAUGUCUUCUUACCUAUUUGCCCACCUAAGGAAACCUUCUCAGAAUUCUACCAAAAGAGACAGAAAAGUGAGUUGAAAAGGCUUUAUAGACACACCCACCCAGAAUUGAAGGCCCUGAACAAUGUUAUAGACAAGGAUUUAGAGGAAGCGCCAAAUUCAGAACUUGAACACACAACUACAAGCAACAGAUAUGAGGGGGAGGUUCAGUCCAUGCGAUGGAUGUUUGAAAACUGGACAUUGGAUAACAGUCAUCAUAGAGAUCCACAUACCACUAAAGAGUUCCUAGAAGAGAAUAUUGCUUCCCAAGAGGGAGAUGUUAAGGGCACCUCAUCUAUGUUUGAGCACCGCAAAGAUACUGAUCAAUUCAAAGUUACUGCAGGUCUGUCCAUAAAGGAUUGCGUCAGAGAAGGCAUUCACAAAGAUACAUGGAUGUCUGAGAAGCAUCCAAUAGAUGCCCUCAAAAGUCCUGGCCAAGAUGAUGCAGGAAUGGAAGCUGAACAGUGGAAUGAACUAAUCCAGAGUGGGGAUGUUUUCAGGGCAGAGCUGUGCUAUGUACUCCAUGAUAGCCCUGGAAACAUGUGCAAGCUCAAACCCACGUUUAACAAAGAACUCCUGAGCAGCAAUGUCAAAAUGCAACACUGGACCCCAUCUGCAGACAAAAGUGUGAUCUUCCAGGGUAAUCCCUUGGAAGAGGACCAAAAAGACAGUAUUGGUAGGGACAGACAGGGAUGGAUGACUGAGGGGCAAACCUUGGAUGAUGUUUGCCAAGUGGCUAAGGAAGACAAAUAUCAAGAAACUGCAGAUACAGUGAAAGAGGUCAAUGUCAUGGCCAAAACACAGCUGUUUGAAACCCAGCCUCUUGCUGCAUUUAAAGAAGAACUGUCAGAUUCAGAGCAUACUGAAUCUAAGGAGGAUAUUGUUGGAGCAGAUGUGAGAUCUAUCUUAUGGUCAUUUGAAACGAAGUCUGUAGAAAAUCAUAAGGAUAGCAAUAAAUUGAGGGGCUGGGAGAAAGUCAGUGUUUCUGGAGGUGAAAGGGGGCUAGUUAUGAAGACAAAGCAUGUGCAUGAACCCUCCACCAUAGAUUGUGUCAGACAAGGGAACAUGGAGGGAGAAAGUGUUCAAAAUGCAUGUGGAACAGAAAACAACGAUGUUAAAUAUUGCAAACUCCAUUUUGAAACGAUUCCACAAAGAAAUCUUGCUCACUUAGAGAAUGACAAUAAAGCCCUCAAUAGCAUAAGUUGCAAUAUAAAAUAUAACAAAGCUUUAUUUGAGACCACACCUGUUAAAGACUGUUCAGGAAUUUUUCAUGAGGUCACAACGGUGGGCAGGGAAAAGAAAACAGUCAAUGGAAAUGUCCCAAACUACAAAUGGAUGUUUGAAACCAGAAUGCAAGACCAGCUUAAAGAAGGGAAAAUAAAUUUUGAAUUCAACAGAGGUAGGGAAAUUGAUUGCUUAAAUAGUGCAUCAAAAGAAGCAUCUCACUCAAGAGAUAGCCACAGUAAGAGGACUUGCGCUUUCGGUUUGGAAAAUAAGGAAAUGGUGGGGAUCCAUAAAACAGAACUAGACGAGAUGAUAGUGGAUGAGCAAAGUUCAGAUCUUCAGGCAGCCAUGCGGAGCCUCCGCCAAGCCACAGACGAAGCCAGGUUUAUUGAACAUACGGUACAGGAGAGGCAGCGCGCUUCUGCUCAAAAAUGCCUAAAUCAGGCCAGUCAGGCUGUUUCUCUUUCAACAGUGGAUGAUGCUGUUCAGAGGUCAGAACAAGAAACAGACUCCGAUGUCGUAAGCGGUAACGUGAAAGCUGCUAUAAAUGCUCAGCAGGGAUCUACAAUACUACAGUCCGUUGAUGAUGAAGAAAUUGUGAAAGGUAGUUUUCAAGCAGCUCUUCGGUCUCUGGAGAAGUCUAACAUUAAUAUUUCAAAAGGAGACUUCAAAGCUGCAAUGUUAUACAGAAAUGCGGGAAAAUCUUAUUCAGCACAAAAAAAGAAACAAGCUUUGCAGACUGUUUGCAAGCAGGCUAAUGUGGAAUCUUUACCCUCUUCGCAUACUCAAUUAUCCCAUUCAGUUCCAUUGAUGACUGACAAGUUGGCACCAAUGAAAAAAGCAGUGGUUGAGGAUCAUAUUACAGACAGAACUACAAAUGCCAAACCUCCUUCCUCCAUUUUGUCAAAUCAAUCCCAAAAUCCCCUACCAUUUAAUCCAAGGCCUGUCAAGCAAAAGCCAGCCAUUCCUCCUAAGCCUGAUCACCUGAAAAAAAUUCCUGGUCCUGUGACAAGGAGUCUACCUGUUCAUACAAAAAGGUCUGAGCACCUGCAGCAAACUCAGUGAUUUCUUCUGAAAACCCAAUAAACAAUAUUUUCCAUCCUUGCUUACAGUGUAAAAAUUGUAUUUUUAUGAUAAAAAUGUUUGUAAGACUUCACAGGAUUUCUCUACUGUUUUUCAAAACAUUGUCAGUCAUUUAGAAUAAUGGAAAUAACUUAUCAUUUAUUGGCCAUCUAUAACAUAGGAUGAUUUAUAGUUAAAUAACAUGAUUUAUACAGUUUCUUCCCAUCAUGAAAUUAUUUUUGACUGGAAAUAUUUUUUCAUUGAUAGAAUUAAGCACAUGCCACUGAAAAUGAAUAUAGUGGCGGAGAACUGUGUAUAUAUACAGAGCUACAUGAAGGAUGGGCAAAGUUUAGCAAAAAUGAGCUGGGGUAUUCAAGCAGCUCUUGACUGAAACGAAUGUGUUCCUGUGCAUGAGCAGCAAUGUAGCACUGCUAAUCAAAUAAACAUCCCCUCUCAACAAGAAACCCAUGAGAUAGAAUCCUCAUGGAGAUAGCUAUGAUUAACAGCAUGAACACGCAGUAAACAAGGUAGCACUAAAGAAAAAUACAAUAAUAAGCCAGAUGACAAGCAGCAACCAAUGGUGUCAGUCCACAAAAACUAAAUUAUGAGAGGCAACGUGAACACAGAAAAAG